AUGAGCAACCCAGCCCUACCCAAACUUUUGGAACUUGCAGCCCACAGUCUGCUCAGCAAUGAGGUUUCAGCUAUACCUGCCUUGGACGAGCUCACAGUCGACCUCUUCCCAUCAAUUCUCACUGCUGCCUUUUCCAAGGGGCACAAGAAAGCUCUGAAGGCCCUGGUGCAGGCCUGGCCCUUCCCUUUUCUCCGACUGGGCUCUCUGAUAGUGCAGUGGCCCAACCAAGACAGCGUGCAGGCUGUGCUAGAUGGACUAGAGACCUCCCCCAUCCACAGGACCUGUGCCAGGAGGUCAGAACUGAGGGUGUUGGAUUUGACCCUGGACUUUGAGCAGAUCCAGAUUAAAGGGGUUUCUGAGGCCUUGGCCAAGUUUCCAUUUUGGUUACCAUCAACAGUCAAGGUGCAGAUGCCUCAGGCCAUGGCCAGGCACAAUCUAGAAGACACAAGAAAAGGACCAAAGCAGCCAUGGGAACCAGUGGAACUACACAUGAAUCUUUUCCUACGAGGUCCCUUCAGGUUAAACACUUUCCUUUUGAGCCUCCUGACAAAAGUGGAAGAGAGCAGCGGGUCCCUGCGACUCUGCUGUAGGAAACUACAUAUUGAAGAAAUGCCCUUUAACAGUCUGCUAGGGGUCCUGAAAACGCUGGAGCUGGACUUCAUCCAGGAGCUCGAGGUGUUUGACUGGUUCCGGGCACUAUCAGAGCAGAGACUCUUUGCCACACAGCUGGGGAGGAUUUGCAACCUGCACAGUCUCAAGCUGGCCUACUACCACUGGUCCUUCUCCCCAGAUGGCGAGCAGUCCUCCAGCUACUACCUCUCCCAGCUCAGCAAGCUGACACACCUCCAGAAGCUCCACCUGUCCUACUCCUACCUCUCAGGCAACUUACAGCAAGUACUCAGCUGCCUGCAGGCCCCACUGCAUGCCCUGGAGAUCCGCUUUUGCACACUUCUGGACACCGACAUCAUCUACUUGUCUCACAGUCUUCACACCACCUGCCUGAAGAAGCUAGAUCUGAGUGGCAACAACCUAUCCUACAUGGUCCCUGGACCCUUAGAGACCCUGCUGGGCAAGGUCUCAGGGACACUGCAGCACCUGACCCUGAACCACUGCCAACUGAAGGACGCCCACCUCAAAGCCAUCCUGCCAGCCCUAUGCUGCUGCUCCCAGCUCAGCUCCCUGGGUCUGUCUGACAAUCCUGUCUCCAAGGCUGGCCUCCUGAGCCUACUGGAGCACACAGCAGGGCUGAUGGAGUUAAAACAGGUGCUCUAUCCCAUCCCAGUCGAGUGCUGUGUGUACCUACAUGGCCUGUCCUGGGGGCCUGUCAACAAAGGCAAGCUGUGUCAGGUACAGGCCGAGAUACAGAAGUUCCUGCAGACUGUGCAGCGGGCUGACAUGCAAUGGACACCCCCACUACCCUUACCCUUGCCAGUGAGGCUGGUGCAGCUCGACUGA